CCGCCCCAGCUGCGGCUGAACCGGGCCUCCCUGGCCCCGCCCCCGUGACGUCAUCACGGCGCGCCCGGCGCCAGCGUCGCGCGGGGCUGCAGGCCCCCCGCGAUGCCCCCCCCCGCGCGCCGCUAGAGCCCCCCGGCUGCGAUGGGCCGCGCGGGGCGGCGGCUCCCCCAGCAGGGGGCGCUGCUCCAGGCGCGGCGGCGCGGGCGCGCGCGGGGCCGGAGGGCGGGGCUGGAGGCGGAGCUUCAGCAGCUGGAUUUGGGGGCAGAGGUCGCAGCUCCCAUUGGAACAGGACUGGUCAGUGAUGGAGAGGACAGAGCCGAGUGCGGGGACAACCGCCCCCCCGGGGGUCUGGCCCCGCUCUGGGUGGCGCUGGAGGGGCUGGUCCAGCGCUGCGUCCCUGUGCAGUGCCGCCCAGCCACCGAUGAGGAGCUGCUGCUGGUGCACAGCCCCUUGUUCGUGGAGCAGCUGGAGCCCCCCGACAGCCCCAGCCUGGGGGGGUCGGGGCCCCGCCGGGCCGUGGGGGCGGCGCUGGCGCUGCUGGAGCAGGUGCUGGGGGGUGCCCUGCGCAAUGGGGUGGCCCUGAUCAGCCCCCAGGACCCCCAGGAUUCCCCCGAGCCCGCGGCCGUGGCCGCCCGGGUAGCCCAGAAACACCUCGGGGUGCAGCGUGUCCUGAUCGUGGAUUGGAGCCCCCGGCCCGGCCGGAGCCUCCCUCGGCUGUUCCAGGAGGAUCCCAGUGUCCUGUACUUCGGGGCUCAGCGGGGCCGGGAGCCCCCCCCCAGCCCUGGCCACGGCCCUGGGGAGGGGUUCAGCGUGGAGCUGCGCUGGGAGCAGGGCUCUGGAGGGGACUGUAGGCUCCCCAGCGCUCUAUAGGGUCCCUGGGGGUCUCUCGGGUGUCCCCCAGCCCGAUGUCACCGACGGCGAUUACGUGGCCGCUGCCCUCCACGUCCUGCUGCCCAUCGCCUUCCAGGACUCGAGGUCCCUGUGGGGAUUUGGGGGUCCCAUCGUGCUGUGACCCUGCGGUGGCCCCUCAGUUCCAGCCCCAGCUCGUCCUGGUCGAGGCUUCGCUGGAGGAUUUGGGGGGGUCCCUGGGGGUCUCCCCUGCUGGGUUCUCUCUCCUGACCCACCUGCUCUCGGCCCUGGGGAGGGGGCGGCUGCUGCUGCUGCUGCAGGUGAGG